GUCCGUUAGUAAAUCGGGAAGCCCAAAAAUAAAGAUCUGAGUAGAGAUCUGUAGUCAGAGUCUUUAGGGUUUCUAGGGUUUUGAGAUGGCUGAAUGGUGUGAGGGAUUAAUGAACAAAAUUCACAGCCAUGCUCCAGAUUUGGCACAGGUUUUCGGUUCUUCGAAGCAUCUGAUAACGGGCUCAAUUUUACUGCUUUUAGCGGGGCUUACUGCUGCAGGAAUUGCAAUAUUGUCCAUAGUUUUAGCCCCUGUUUUGAUCCUGCUGAGUCCCAUAUUGAUACCUGUGGGAACAGUGUUGUUUGUGACAAUUGCAGGACUCUUUUUGGUGGGGAUUUCUAUGCUGGGAUUCAUUUUGGGUGUUUCAUGGCUGUAUAGCUAUGUAAGGGGAAGGAACCCUCCUGGUUCUGACAGGGUGGAUUAUGCACGCUUGAAGAUCGCCGAUACUGCAAGCCAUGUGAAGGAUUAUGCGAUGGAAUAUGGUGCUUAUUUGCAGGGCAAGGUUCGGGAGGUGGCACCAGGAGCUUGAUUGAAUUUCUUUGUAUUUAAUUGCCGAAACCCUCGCUUGUUUGUGGUUUUCCCCUUUUGUACAGAGUAGUUUUGAUCAGUUCAGUUUUCCUGUUUCAUAUAUGGAAGUGUUUAGAUUUUUUAGGUUUUUUAUUUGUUAGGAUACGUAUUAUAGGUUUUGUAGGUUUCAAUGAUCUCUCUGUAUAUGUAAGUUUAAAUAGUUUGUAUUCUUUAGAAUUUGAUCCUGUAAAUUUAUUAUCAUCAAUAUUUCGAAUCGAAUCAAACGUCAUGAUCUCGCCAUGAUCUCUGUCAGAAAACACCACGAUCUCUGUAUAUGAAAUCCAUGAUCUUUAUCGGAUCAAACGCCAUGAUCUCUGUAUAUUGUGAUCAUGAAGUACAUGUUUGUAAGUUUCAAGCUCUGGGUAAAGUAUGGAUAGUUUUAAUCA